CUCGCCGACGCCCUCGCCGACGCUCUCGCCCACGCCCUCGCCGACGCCAUCACCUUCGCCCUCGCCGACGCCCUCGCCCACGCCCUUGCCCACGCCCUCGCCUACGCCCUCGCCUUCACUAUCACCCACGUCCUCGCCAACGCCGUCGCCCUCGCCCUCACCUACGCCCUCGCCCACGCCCUCGCCGACGCCGCCGCUAACACCUUCGCCUACGCCCUCGCCUACAUCGCUCUACGAUUACUGCAGCAGUAUCGACUCCUGCUCGCCUUGCAGAUCGGCGCCAAACUGCGGGCACGGCGUCGGAUUGGUGCAACCAGAUCGGGAUGACGCCCUUCAGCACCGGCCUGUGCCUUCCCGUCGGGACGCCCGCCAGCUGCACGUGGAUGUCGCCGAACUGCGGCGCCUGGGGCUGGUGGUGGUGGAUCAGGUGGCCCAUCCGCAUUCGGGUCAGGACGCUCUACUUGCAGCCCUUCAUGGCCGACGCGACGGUGAAGAGCGCGCUCGUGGGCUCCGCGAGAGGGCUGCCCCAGAUGGCCGCCCUCCCAGCCGGCGCCGACAUCACCGUCGAGCUGGCCGCCGCUGCAGGCGACAGGCUGGCGCUGCCGCGGCAGGGGCUGGCGACGGACGACGAGGCCGAGGUGGAGGUGAGCUACUCGGUGCGCGUCCAGGGCGACGCAGACGGCUUCGAGAAGCAGCAGGCCGACUCGCUCGUUUCCGCGCUGGAGACUGUCUCCCCGGAGGAGUACACAGAGGCCUUCCUGGUGGAGCUCGAGCAGCUCGCCCCCGGGCAUGCGGCGCCCUUCGGCGUGGAGGCGGUGACCACCUUCUCCUCAAGCGUCUCGGUGACGACAGUGACGGCAAGUCCGACGCCGAGUCCGACGCCGAGUCCGCCUCCGACGCCAGAUAAUUGUUUCGUGCACGCCGGCGUGACCGUCUGCACACGACCCGCGGCCGAUGCCGACACUCAUGCGGCGCGCCCGUGGAAGGUGCUGCUGCAGAGCGAUGCUACGGACGCGGAGCUGAAGCAGAUGAGCGCGGAGUUCUCGGGCGGGUUGCAGAGUCAUCCCGGCAUGGGCGAGGUGCCAUUGCUGUUCGGAAAUUUGACACAAGAUGGUCUCAAGGCGCUGCUGGACAAGUACCCGGGCCGUGUGAAGGCUAUACAAGAGGACGAAUUCAUCAAAAUGGUUGAUGAUCCCCAGUUCGACGACAGAGAAUCGGAGCGGCGGACCUACCCAUGGGGCCUCCAGUACAUCCAAGCGGACUUGGUCCGGGGGCGGGGCGUGGGGGUGCACGUGUACGUGCUGGACACCGGCAUUCGCAUAACCCACACAGAGUUCGGCGGUCGGGCUUUCGCCGCAGUGGACGUGGCCGCCUCGGGGACAUAUCCGGGCACUCUCGCAGUGUGUUCGCCCACUAGCACAACGUGCGCUGACGACGUACACGGGCACGGCAGCCACUGUGCAGGCACGGUGGGGUCCUCGUCAUACGGCGUCGCGGAUGGCGCGACUAUUUGGUCAGCGAAGGUCUUGAAUAAUGCUGGCUCUGGCUGGACAACAUGGAUGGUUCUAGCCGAGCAGUGGAUUCUGUCGUCUGGGAACAGGCCAGCAGUGGUCAGCACCAGCAUUCAGGUCGGGCCAGGCUGGACUGACUUGCCGUGGCAAGCCUCGACCGACGCUUUGGUAGCCGAUGGCGUUGUCGUGGUGGUUGCAGCAGGGAACUACAACCAAGACGCGUGCACUUUUUCUCCGGCCUUUAUCCCCAGCGCGAUCACGGUAGCAGCUUUUGGCGGGGCAUCGGGUACUUCAUGGGACAGGGCCUCGUACAGCAACUGGGGCUCAUGCAUCGAUGUCUAUGCUCCAGGGACGAGCGUGCUGUCGACGGGCCCAUCCAGCGACUUCCAUACCCAAUACAUGACGGGGACGUCCAUGGCCUGUCCACACGUCGCUGGGCUCGCGGCCAGAAUGUUCGAGGCGUACCCCACUGCGGGAGCCUUGACCGCCGCAGAGAGGUGGGAUCUCCUGACGGCCAACAACUGCACUGGCUGCGUCACGAAUGACGCGACCCCCACACCAACUGUCAACCUGGUGGCUUAUGCCAUGGCAGCGAACCCGUGCUCCGUCACCGACGGGUCAGGGCCGAGCGCGAGCUACCCGUGCGACUGCGGCACCAACUUGUGCACGGACGGCGAGGUCUGCACCAGCGCCACAGACACCUGCGCUAGUGUCCCGACGCCCUCACCCACGGCAGCCCCCACGCCGUCGCCUACGCCAUCGCCAACAGGUGCGCCUACGCCCUCGUGCGCCUACGCCCUCGCCGACGCCCUCGCCCUCGCCCGCACCAACGCUCUCGCCCACGCCCUCGCCCACGCCGUCGCCCUCGCCCGGGCCCACGCCCUCGCCGACACCCUCGCCUACGCCCUCGCCGACGCCCUCGCCUACGGGCUCACCAACGCCCUCACCCUCGCCUGGACCAACGCCCUCACCGACGCCCUCGCCAACGCCCUCGCCUUCGCCCUCACCAACGCCCUCGCCAACCCCAACGGCCGACAUCUGCUCAGGCGUGACUGGCUCCCCUCUCUGCGCUGCUUGCGCCGCCGUGCCAGGGUGCUUCUGGUGCAACCAGCUCGGGAUGACGAACACCAGUAUCGGUAUGUGCAUUCCUGCCGGGACUCCCGCCAGCUGCACGCCGAUGAAUCCGCCGUGCGGAUACCCAGCGGUGCCGUGGUGGUGGGUCAUCGAGGGAAAGUACAAGCUGAAAGUCCGGAGGUCCGACGCAGAUGCGUUCGUCGGAGACGGCAAGGUGAAGAAAGCGUUCGAGGAUUCCAUCCGCGAGAAAGCUGGCUUGAAUCUGCCGCUGCCAGCUGGCUCAGGUACUGCCGAUCCCGUCAUAGUUGUCGAGCUCACCGUCGUUGGGCAGAGCGGUGCCCGGCGAGCGGGAGAUGGCCACGGCGUGCUGACAGUCGAGCAGUCCGAGGUGCAGGUGAGCUACUCCGUGUCCAUUCCGGCUGACGCAGAUGGUGGCGAGCAGACAGCCGACUCGAUCAGCAGCGUGCUGGCGCAGGUCCCAGCGGAGGACUUCACGGCCAGCUUUGUGGCGGAGCUCGAGCAGACGGACCCUGGGGUCGCGGCGUCUGUCGGUGUCACGUCGGUGGCCAGCUCUGCCACGGCCCCUGCGGUGACGGUUUCAGCGGCAUCUGCGAUUCCAACGCCGAGUCCGACGCCGAGUCCGCCGACGCCGAGUCCGACGUCUGGCUCCGGACCCAUAUCUGCGAAGGGGGAUCCCCACCUGGUCAACAUGUAUGGCGAGCGGUUCGACCUCAUGAGGCCUGGGGUGCACUCGCUCGUUCACAUCCCGAAGUACUCUCAGGCAUUCCGGACCCUGCUCGACAUCAAGGCGGACGUGCGGAGGCUCGGGGAGGCGUGCACGGACAUGUACGUCCAGGCGAUCAACGUGACAGGCGCGUGGGCCCGCCAGCCCGGGCACCAGGCCGGCUUCUUCUUCUCCGCGAGCGGGCCGCGCCAGGACGCGGGCUGGCAGAGCUUCGGCGCGGUCAGCAUGAAGGUGGUCCACGCACGCACCGAGAGAGGCGUCCCGUACCUCAACUUCCUCCUCCGGCACCUGUCCAACGUGAAGAACCGGAUCGGUGGCCUGCUUGGCGAAGAUGACCACACUGAUGUUGCUACGACGGACCCAGCAUGCCUCAAGAAGAAUCUCGUUGCGUUGUGAGGAUCUUCUGGGCUCCCCCUCUCUUGUGACUACCUGGAGGCAUGAGGACUCUCCUUCGUGCCUCGGGGGCUUGGUGGCGGAUCUUUCAACUCACACUCCUCUCUGAUUGGAGUCAGGGUAUGUGGGGGAAUAUGGAUACUUGUGUUUCCGCGGCAUCCGCGCCGGUUUGCAGGGGCCACCGCGGUACGGGAGCAUGAUUUGACCCAUUUGAAGGCCGUAGGCCACGUUUAAUAACGAUGUAUGGCUCUCGCUCGGCUUACAUUGCCCGGGCACGCCGUGCUGCUUCGAUUUCCAGCUCUUUGCGUAGUCCACCUUACUGCUAGCGUUUAUGAAUGGAGCGGCACAGGAACUUGCCUGGAUCAGCGACGUGGGACUUCAUUUUCUUGGCCAGGCAAAGCAAAACCGCUCGGCGCAGCCUUGAUUGGUGAUGUGGAAUGCUCUCCGAUAGUGUGUGUGGUCGUCGUCUUGUAGACACUUAGAAAUUUUGACAUAUGGUUUCCCGCGUUAUUACUCGUUGAUGUCACCGUGCAACUUAUUCGACGUCGAUUUGAGCAGCGUUGUUGUGGUGCUACUUCUCAGAGUGGCGUUUGCACCUCCAGGCACUUCAAGAUUCAAAGCUGGUGUCUCUUGUCUGCGAUUGAACUCGCCAGAGGUGCUGCCCUUCAUCGUGGUCGCCGUCAUUGUCGAUGUUCUAG